UUGAUUUGCACCACAUUUUAUACCCAUGCUGCCCGAAUCUGCCUUUGCGUUGUGUUAACUAGUAAGCGAGAGUUGCGUUGUGAUAGCAACUGGUGCUGUCCCUUGCGCUGUGUUCACACAGCUAGCUCCAAGUUCCGUCAAAGGUCGGCUUGUGACAGACAGGUCCUGUCGUGUUGCUAAACUGAUGUAGAGACUAAGAGGACUGCAGACUUGAACGCCGUGCGGUGUAUCACUUUAAAGGGACUAAUGUAAUAAAAUGAUUCGGAUGGCACAGAGGGAACUGGACUGAACUCGACUAAAACAGCACCUGUAACUGUCGGCAGGUCUUAAAGCCAUGAUUCCGCUCGGCGAGUGUAUGUACGCUGGCAGAAAACGGAGGAAACCGAUUCAGAAACACAAGUCAACACUGACCAGUGUGAAAUCAAAUCCAUCUAAAAGACACAGAGAUCGUCUGAAUGCUGAAUUAGACCAUUUGGCUAAUCUCCUGCCAUUUCCACCAGAUAUUAUUUCCAAAUUGGAUAAACUUUCCGUCCUACGCCUCAGUGUCAGCUACCUCCGAGUGAAAAACUUCUUCCAAGCCUUAGAAGAGACAGAGCUGAGGAAGGAAUCUCACCAACCUAUCAACCAUGACAUGAAGGAUAGUCAUAACACACUUUUGACUGGGAAUUGGCAAUCAGAAGGGGAGCUUCUGCUGGAUGCACUGGAUGGGUUUGUACUUCUAGUGAGUGCUGAUGGAAUGAUAUUUUAUGCAUCUCCUACAAUCAUCGACUAUCUGGGAUUUCAUCAGACUGAUGUGAUGCACCAAAGUGUGUAUGACUUCAUCCAUGUUGAUGAUCGGCAGGAGUUCCAGAGGCAGCUACACUGGGCCAUGAAUCCACCCCAGCAGGUGCCUGGGCCAGAGCCUCCAGGACAGGGAGCCAAUGGUGACGAGUAUCGGGGCUCUUACAAAGUUCAUGACCCAAAAGUUCUGCCACCAGAGUUUUCUCCAUUUUUGAACCGUUGUUUCAUCAGCCGAGUGCGAUGCCUGUUGGAUAGCACAUCGGGAUUCCUGACGAUGCAGUUCCAAGGCAGACUGAAGUACCUCCAGGGACAGAAGAAGAAAACUGGUUCUGGUGCCAACCUUCCACCACAGCUGGGUUUGUUCUGUAUUGCCGUGCCGCUGUUGUUCCCUCCCAUUAGCGAGAUGAAUCUGAAAGGUUUGCUCCUCAAAACCAAGCACAGGCUCGACCUCAGUCCUCAGGCACUCAAUGCAAAGGGCAAAGCAGCUGCAGGAUUCUCAGACGCAGAACUCCGAGCAAGGUCAGGCUGCCACUACCUCCACUUCACAGACAUGCUGUACUGCGCAGAGAACCAAAUACGAAUGAUGAAUGCUGAAGAAAAGGGUGUGACAGUCUUCAGAGUACUCACAAAGGACGGCCAAUGGGUUUGGCUUCAAAGUAAUGGCCAUCUGCCCCACAGGAACAAAACCCCAGAAGAUGCCAUGUCACCUAACGAGGAAAUCAAGGACGUAGAGAGAUCCAGAGAGGAGCGCCUGAGGAACCAGUCAAAUCCUGACCAGACUGCCAGUGCCAACAGACUAGUGUACAGCAACUGCGCUGAAACACCUCUGCAGUUAAAACAUCUGUAUGAGCAGCAUGCAGAAAAAGAAGGAAGAGAGGAGAAAUAUGAGACCAUUAAAAGUGACGGUGGCAUCAACCAAAAUGAACCACUUAAUUUUUGCACCUCAUUUCCCAGGGUUCCAAAAGUUAGCAUGGCAGAUGAUUUAUGGGGUCCAGAGUACUCCAGAGGUCUCUCGAAUUUGCAGCCACCAAAACAAAUGGAGAAGAUAAGUAACAUUCCUGGUCGGGAGGCCAAACCCUUCUGUGGCAGAAGUAGACAGUUGUCCGAACCCCGGCUCAGAUGUAGCACCCAGGUCUCCAGCUUUCAAGGUAUACCCCAGAGCUUCAGGAGCAUUGGAGAAGAGGUGCAGCAGAACCAGCCCUAUGGCAGCUUGCCAUACACCAACCUGGAUGGCUACCCGUCUGAAAGCUGUAAGACUAAUGAUGCCAGCUUUGUGGCUAGCAGGCCAAAGGAGCACCCCACUGUGGGGUACUGCAACAGUGCAGAAGUGUUUCUGGGAGUGCACAUCAAAAGUGAAUACAGUCCUGACCCGCACAAUGAAUUGGACGAGCCACUGGGAUCUCCAAGUCAUCAAUGGGCUGACAGUGGAGAAGUUGGGCAGAAAAUGGCAACGAGCUUCCCAGGGCAGCCUCAGGUGAAGUGCGACCCCAAUGCGCUGGAGCAGUUGCCAGCCUGUGAAAAACUGAAGACUCCUCUGCUACCCCCAUUCUGCAGAGCCAGCAUGGUCAAAGGCAAUGGCCUGUGGAUGACAAGCAGCACAUGUAACCACAACAGGCUGUUGAAACAUGACAUAGACAUGGCUCAUUUCAGUCCACAGAGGGCUGUCCAGUCCCGUUGCACUCACCAUGAUCAAGUCGCAGACUGUUUACAGGCAGGUGCCUUCCCACAGCGUGCUAUCCAGGACAAGGGCUUAAGUCAGGAGACACACAAAAUACCGCUGCAGUUCAAAGGUCAUGACCUAAUCCACACAGUCAUCAAACGCGAACCCUCACUCUCUCCUCCUUGGUCUUGUGACAAUCCACACAACAUACAGUCAAGCUUACAAAGAAAUAUGCCCAGUUGUUUGUUAAAUUCAUUGACUCACAAAAUUACACAGAACACAUACUUGUAAUUUUUGUUUUAUAAUGAAAUUAUUUUACAGUUUUUAUUUCAAAAUGCCUUUACUCUAAGAAUGUCUAAUGAAAAUAUUUACUUUGCUGUAAACCCUGAUGUAUUACCUAUUGCCAUUUAUUUUGCAAUUUUGUAUGAGGACUUUCAUUAUAAUUUGCCUAUGAUGUAUUGUGUAUGAAUGUAGCAGUCUUGGGAGCACAUGAAAAACAUUGAAAUACUUGAUAUUUAUGUCUGAAGAAUCCACAGGUAGAACAAUAAUUGGAUUUGUACAGUGCUUUUAACAGAAUUUUAAAGGUUUAAAGCACUUUAAAACUACAUUAGCAGAUGAAGUUUGAUCCUAAGACCUGCAAAGAAGAUAUUAGGACAACUUGACCAAAGAGGUAGGCUUUAAGGAGUGUUCUAAAAGAAGAGAGAACUAGAGAGGAAAAAAGGAUCAGUGGGACAGCUGGGAAAUUCCAAAGCUUAGGGUCUGUGCUUUCAAGUCUUAGCGUCCAAGUGAAUGGAAUAAAUUCCUGACUUUAACAUACGGUAUUGAGUCUACGGACUGUUAAAAUGAGGGCACCUAUUUAGUUAAAAGAUAUGUAGCCUUUAUGUUGCCAGGUACAAAAACAUUCAAUUUCUUUUUAUUCUUGACCAUUGAGUUGCUGGUCUUGUCCUUAAAACAGUUGUCCACUGUUCUGCUGUUGAUACCUUGUCUGAAAUUUUUUUCAUGUUAUCAGUCUAUGAAAUAGCAGAUCUACUGAAUAGCUCAGCCUCAUCCAGUCUGAACCUGAUAUCCACAGAGCUCCAGCACCUGAAUGUUGGUGAUCAUGGAGAAAUGAGGUGUAUUUUACCUGAAAUGACCACAUUCAGGCUAAUUACAAUCCUGCGAUGCUUAACAGGACAGCACAGAUCAGAGAUGAAGUGUAGGAUCUUCCUUUCUCAGUAUUGUACCUGGGCUUGUUUCUUUUUCCACUUUAAACCAUCUAAUGCAUAAUUAACUAAGAUUGUUAUGCACACUACUUUGCGAACCAUGUGCUUGACAGACAGCAUAAAGUGCAGGGAGUUUUCCUGUUCUUUAAAUGAAGAAGGAAAUGAAGUAUCUUGGGACAUCUGUUUGCUUCAAAGACACUAUGUAAAUGCAUGCUGUUGGAUCCAACAUGUAGAAUAACAGAGUUUAGAGAUGCACCUCCCCUAUAUAUUGAUUUUCUAUUGUAUUUGGACCUGUGUCCGCAAUCAUGCAUGUUCAAACCUGCUCUGUAACAGAACAUAGAGCAGGAUUUUCAUCCUGUUAUGCAACAGGAACAAGGCAUCAUUUUGCACCACCAGCUAGCAUGCCAGUUUACCAGCAUAAUUCUGGCCCCAAGCCAUUUUUGUGAGGGCCUGGUCAGGGUGGAACAGCUACCCACCUGCAACUGGAUCGUAGGUAGUUAGGGUCAUUAGAGCCCAAUUAAGGUCUUGGACCACAGGCCGACUGGGAUAUUCUUCAAAAUGGAAAAAUCCUAUUUCUUCCUUGCCAACAAUGGUGGGCCGCAGUUCCUUCUGUGCUGGAGGGUGUCUCAUUGGCUUCUGUGCUUUAAAAGCCCACCCACCAGUGUUAAUUGGAUGGCAGGCAUGUUUUCAAGUCUCUAAUUGGCUAGAAUCAAGGCAAAAUCUGUGUCAGACGACCCGUCCUGACAAAAUGCAGAGUUGGAAACAGGAUUUGAUCCCGAUGUCAGGGUCCUGACCCUAAGUAGAAAAAUCUACCCAGGGCCUGAGUAGUAUAAUGGAUAUAUUGUUGGGCUAUACCUCUAUAGAGUGUAAGUUCACAUUGAAUGUGACCCUGUGGCUGUUGGAUUGUCCAAAAACACUGACGUCCUUUCAGGAAGGAAACCUUUCACCUUUGUCCAGUGUGGUCUCUGUGUGUGAUUUCAUAACAGACUUUCUGUUAUGCUCUGGAAGAGACCAUAACAAACUCAGAUACUCAGUUGCAUCAUUACCUUCUCAAAGUAAUCAGUGAGUGUCAAUAAAUUAUUGCCUUGCCAAUAAUGCCAAUAUCCCAUUUGCAAUUCUGUUAUAAACACAGGUGCCUGCAACAUAUUCCUCAUCUUCUUCGUUUGCAUUUGUAUGAUGCUUUGAAUACUUACCAAGUCAAAAUGAUUUUGUAUUUUUUGUUCAAAAGUGUCAUAAUCAUAAGAAUCAGAAAACACAGACAAUAAUCAUAUGAAAUCAGACACAGCAAAUUGUUUCAUUGACAUAGUAAGAUAGGAGCAUCACAUGUUAUUAAAUAUUUACUUAAGAACAUCAUUCUGAUUGCAUCUACAUAAAAAUAUCGAUGUUACUUGUAACAAUAAAUUAGAGCUAAGGUUGAAAGUAGAUACCGUUUUAAACAAUUUUACCCCAUUGCAUUCAUUCAUUAUAUCUGUGACCUAAUUACUGCAAGAUCAAAGGGAUUUCACCUCAGUACAUCACUGGGAGACAUUAAACAUUGUUCCAUACAUCACAUAUUAAAUGUGAUAACCCCAACAUUACGUUUUAAUUCAGACAGCUUCCCUGUGAAGAUUUAUAUAAUUCUCUUUGCCUGUUGUCUCAAAAAUGUUUAUUCUUCUGUGUUGUCUCUUUCAGAACACCAGAAAGAGAAACAAAUAUGCCUAGCCUAUUAAAUCAAGUAUUAAAGAGAUAAAAUUUUGAGAACAAGUGCUUCUCCAUCACUGUUUACAAACUGUUAAAAUACUUUGUCAAUGUUGCUGCUCAUUUUUGUAAAUAAAUAUAAAAACAGCAAUAAUGUACAGAAAGCAACAUGUAUUUAUGAAAUGACAAUUUAGCUUUAACAUAUGUCAUAUCUUUAAUACUUUGCUUUUGUUUGUGUCUAAUAAUCUUUUUCUUUUGGGAUAGUGCAGAUUAUUGCAAAAAAGCACUUGUUGGUCAAAUAUUUGCUGAUAGCCAUUCCUCGGUUCCAACAAAUUGCCUUAAAGUCAACUUUAUAAACCCACUCCACAACAACAAACAACAACAACACAAAUUUCAUAAACCCACUGCUGUAACAAAUAGGUGUUUAACAGUUCAAACCUAUGACUGCUAAGUACUUGUUCCCUGUCAGCUCCCCACUUCCCUUUUGGAGAACGUCAAGGUUUCUACACCCAGUUGUUCUGCAGUUCCUAUUGCAUAUUUUAGAAGUUUUCACUGGCAGAUAUUUCUGAGAUCAUUUGUAAGUUUUAAAUUACAUUUUAUUUUCAAUGCCAGUCAAUCUUAAGUAGUGUUGCACACAUGUAGUCAAGACAUAAUAUUGUUUUCAGAUGGAGAAAAACACAAUAAUGUAUUUCAGUCCAGGUUUGGCAUCAUACACUCUGUCCUUUCCUGUUCACUUCUAUGAUAGGUUCCUAUGUCUCCACCUUUAAAUGGAUAUGACCUGUGAGGCUUUAAACUGAGGGUCCAUCUGCCCUUUCAGGUAAAUGUAAAUGAUCUCAUAGUACUACUUCAAAGAAAAAACAGGGGAGUUGGUGUCCAAGUCCAAGUCAACAAUUAUCCCUAAAACAAGUUCACUAAAAUAAAGUAUGAACUCAUUAUUGCGUUGUGUUGUGCAUGGAUUAGCUGUCAUAUCUUCAGUGAUGACAAUUCAAAAGUAUUCAAUUGCUCAUGAGAAUUUUGGAAUGUUCUAACAUUGGAGAAAUACUAUAUAAUUGCAAGCUCUAUUAUUUUUCCUUCCCUAUGUAAAACUAUUCUAUCCACUACCCUAUGUGGUGUUGCUACACUUUCCAGAAUAAAUAUGGACAAAAGGGUUUUCAAUGGUAAAAUAAUAACUGGAGGUCUUUGUAAAUGUAAAGUUUUUAAUAUAGGGUUUGAAAUAUAUAUAUAUGCAAUAACUGUGUUUUUCUAAAGCUUGAGAAGAUUGGUUCUGUUCAAAAACAAAACUUUGUAAAAUCUUCAUUACAGUACAGUUUACAUCAUUGAAUUCCAUAUUUCCUUAAUGAAAAUACAUAGAAGAAAAUUAUCCUCAUUUUCUUUCAGAUUGUGUGGAUCUAUCAGGAGAACAUGUAAACAGUCAGUUUCUCCAAUGAAUGUUUUUUUCAAUGUUUGACAAUGAAAGAAUCCUUCAAGUUCUGCCAUUUUGCAGUGUGCACUAAUUAUUGUUUUAUAAUUACAAAACAUUGUAAAUACUUAGUUUAAAA